AUGGCCUCCUGGCCGCAGCCCUACUAUAACGCCCACGUCCCCUUCCCCCCUUACCACGACCACGAUGAAGAAGACGACUCGCUGAACGCAGCGUAUGAACACGAGGAUCCGCAGCCGCCACCGCGCUUCAGCCACUUGCUCAACUCGGUGCUCGGUUCCCCAUUCCUCACGACCUCCGACCUCCCAGGCGACUCGUCAGACACGGCGUAUGCGCCCAGCGCUGCCCCGAUGGACACAUUGGACGUGAUGGAUGACAGUGACGCCACUGGUUCGGAGAUGGAGGACGUUGACGGCGCACUCUUUGCCGUGCCCCGUGCUCUCACCGUGACACGCCCAACGUCACCAACCCCGAGCUUCCGAACGGACACAUUCUCGAUUGUCAACUGGAACCCUGAGGUGUACAACAUGGUCCUUCCACCAGAGCUGGACAACGCGUCCCGUUGCUCGAUUGCUCUCCUCCAAGCAGGGCGACGCACCAUAUCUGGUUACUACCCCAGUAGCUCAAGCUGGAGCAACGCGCGCACCCCGGCCCCCUCACCUAUCAAGGCCUCGCGGAGUCUUACGAUUGGGAUGGGAUUUCUUCCGAAGAUAUGGGAUGUGCUGCGGGAGGGGUCACCUGGUAAAAAGUUGCGCCAUCGUCGUCCUGGGCUGCCAUCAUGGGAGACCGAAUAUCACUCGGACGGCUCAAUCGACUACUCGAACAUGCCGCCGCUGGACGACGACGAAGGGGAACUCGUUGACGAUGAAGGCUGCUUCAUCGAUGUUCGGGCGGUAACUGGUAUGGACAUUGUCUCGCACCUCCCACUAGAACUCGCCCUCCACCUCCUCACCUUUCUCGAUCUUCCUUCCGUUCUUGCCUGCCUUCGUGUUUCAAGAAACUGGAAUCAUCUUGCCCUCGACAACUCAAUAUGGCACGCCUUGUUCUCGUCGAAGGAAUGCGACGGAUGGCGGGUGGACCUCAGGAGAACGCUCCGCAGGAAGUCAUUGUACUCCAGUAUACCUGCGCCUUUAGAGGUCCACUGGUAUGAGGUCUAUCGGAACAGGCAAGAACUGGACCGCCGAUGGGCCAACUUUCCAGCCGCCGGGCUGAGUGCCGACAUGAGCGACGACACCGUAGUAUCCGAAAAGGAGGUUACUAAGGCCUGGGAGCCCAAGGUCAUGCGAAUUAGUGGGCAUGGUGACAGCGUUUACUGCUUGGAGUUUGACUCGUCGAAGAUCAUCACCGGCUCCCGGGAUCGCACGAUCAAGGUCUGGAGCCUGAAGACGGGCAAACUCCUUGCGUCCUUCGGAGGUCACCGCGGCAGCGUCCUUUGUCUCAAGUUUGACCGUGAUUGGGACAUCCCCGACUAUAACAAGCCCGACUUCGAUCCUCGUGCCCCGCGGAAGGGUUCGAUGGUCAGCGGCUCGAGUGACUGCACAGUAUGCGUUUGGGACAUCUAUGCACACUACAUUCCUGGAGAGGACGAACCUCGCAUCACCGCUGAGGUUCGCGCCAUCCUGCACGCUCACAGCGGCGGGGUGCUGGAUCUGCGCAUCGACUCGAAGUGGAUUGUGAGCUGCUACGAACACAGCUCGAAGGACGCUUUGAUCCGUGUGUGGGAUCGGGAGACACUCGAACUGCGGUGCACGUUGCGCGGCCAUGAAGGACCUGUCAACGCCGUCGGGUUGCAGAACGACCGAGUCGUCAGCGCAAGCGGCGAUGGCAAGAUGAUCCUAUGGGAUGUCAAGUCUGGGAAGCGCCUCCGUACGUUCGAAGGCCAUGAUCGUGGGCUGGCGUGCAUUGAGUUCAAGGAUAACUUGAUCGUCUCGGGCUCCAACGACUGCAAGAUCAAGGUCUGGGACGCAAACACGGGCAUGUGCUUGCGCGUCCUCACCGGUCACGAGUACCUGGUCCGCGCUCUCUCGUUUGAUCCACGCAGCGGGCGGCUCGUGAGCGGUUCAUAUGACAAGACGGUGAAGGUGUGGGAUCUGCAUACGGGCAAGAUGGUCCGCGAAUUCCGAGGCUGCCAUGCCAGCCACAUCUUUGACGUCAAAUUCGACCACUGCCGGAUCGUGAGUACGUCGCACGACAGGAAAAUCGUCGUGCUCGACUUUUCUGAAGGUCUGGACACGACAUUGUUCGUGUAG